CAAAAUGGGUCAUGCACAAGAUUUUAGUCAGACCAAGCUAUAACAUUAUAUAUUUACUACGACAGUAUCAAAUGCCAGUCUUUGAAUGAUGCUGUGUCUGCGUGUAUGUCUGUGAGACAUUCUGUCAUAUCCAAUACCAGGAGUAUCAAAUGCCAGUCUUUGAAUGAUGCUGUGUCUGCAUGUAUGUAUUACAAUGAUACACUUCAACAGUGUUUACCAAUCCUGGUCCUGGGACAUCAAUGGCUGGUUGCACAUUGUAACUAUGCAAUAGACUAGAAACAUGAUUUAACUAGUUAAAGGCUGAUUUGUAAUUCAUAUAUACAGAAACAAUAAAAUAAAAUAAAACAGUACACUACACUUCCUAUGAACCAUGUAAAUACUCUAAAAACAGGUUUAUCGCAAUACCUAAUUUCCUUCAUCUGCAUGACCUGAGGACAGCAUAGCUGUAGUAUUUCAUCAAAUGAGACAUAAUUUCAACCAGGCACACAGACGAGUGCUCUGAAAUCGGAGUAGAUGGCCCGAGUGAAUUUACGAACGCAACCUAUUGACUUGAUUAUUCACGUCAUUCUUAACUUAGCUAAGUGGUAUAGUGGUUGUGCGUUCCUUACUGGACAUUGUUAAUGAAGUCGUAAGAUGUCUAACUAGUAAUUUGUUAUACUAACACGCUAGCAAGAACUUGCAUAGCAACAGCAUCAACUUCCGGUAGACAGGCGAAGCACUAGUACGCUCAACUGGAAGGAUACAGUUCGUUUACAGUAUACUAAAAUGAACUAAUAGUAUAUACUCAUUAUGUAGUAUACAGUAUGGGUAUUCGAACACAGCUAUAGUUUUGUUUUUUAAAGUGUAUUUACUUACUUGAAUAGGUUCUCCCAGCAGCAAUGUGGACGAUUGGAAACAGGGCAGCAAAGUUUGUCACCAGACCGGUUUAGAGCAUAUUACUAUUUACCCGUUUAUAAAUUAAUGAAAUGGAGAAUGGAUUAAACUAUUUACCCAUUUAAUAACCAGCUCUUAAUACAAACUUACUCUGCUGAAUUCUUGACGCACAACCGAACUGCUGCUAUAUGCUGCCAGCAUGCCCACAAGCGAGCCACUCUGGGCGGCCGAAGCGGCUAGUGUACACAGGCCAUAACAAAUAUCAUUUUCAUUUGAUGCACGUUAACGCUCACUUUGCACUAUACACAUGGCGAUACACAUAAUAUAUAAGAUGACGACGCGACACAUAGUUCGUUUCUUAUAUCCCAUACAUAACUUUAUUGCAGAAAUACAGUUUGACAUUUGCUAUCAUUGUUUUCUAUGUUGAGUGCACGCAUCAUAGUUUACGUGGUAACAGUCAUUGAUGUAAUUUAACUCAAUCAUCUAACUUCAUAAUUUAACCAUUAUCAUUCUCAAGUAAAUAGUCACAGUUCAAUGUAAUGUCUUGUUUACCUCCGUGCCUCAGCAGUGUUCUGAUAAAGGACUUCCGACCUGAAUCCCAGGGUUAAAAUAAGGUUCCGGAAGGGCGUUGGGAAAUGCCCACCCUCUGUUCACCCCGGGGGAACUAUUUUUCCCUUUGACGAGUUCAAAAUAGCGAAGUACAGUUAUACAUUAAUAUUGUGUACUGGUAUUGCUAAAAUAAUGCUUGUAUUUAACGUUAUAUCAUUAUUGUCUAAAUGUAAAACUUGAUGGUUUGCAGAUUCCACUUGGAGCUGGCCACUCCCCUUAUAGUCUCCGUGGAACGUCCCUUCAACAGUAUGGAGAAGAGCCAGUAUGGACCCCCCCAGGAUGUGUCGGCUCUCCCCUACCCCGGCCCCCCAGUGGGCUACCAGGGAAAUGGCGGGGGAACUGCCUACCCCCCUCAGCCUGGCUUCCAGGGAGGUCCCCAACCCAGCAUGUACCCACCACCUCCCCAGUACAGCAUGGGCAUGGCACAACCUACAAAUGCCCCCGGCGUAACCCAGGUGGUGGUGAUGCAGCAGCAUCUGCCUAGCGACGUGCCCAGCCAGAUGACGUGUCCCCAGUGUCAGGUCCAGGUUCUGACAGAGACCACACACACCCCUGGACUGCUCACCUGGCUCCUCUGUGGAUUACUCGGCAUUUUGCUGUGCUGGCCAUGCUGUUUGAUUCCGUUCUGUGUUGACUCCUGUAAGGACGUAGAGCACCGCUGCCCCAACUGCAAGAGAGUGAUCCACAUCCACAGACAGCAAGAACUCGUGAGUUGGAAGAACUGAGAGGCCUAUGG